CACAUACGCGCAACCAGCCAUGGCACCUGCAAGCUCUCUGCAAGACUCUCACCUGACUCUCACGCACAAGAUCCGAAAGCCUCUGGUGGAGAAGUUGAGGCGCGAGCGGAUCAACAGCAGCAUCGAGCAGCUGAAGACUCUCCUGGCUCCGGAGUUCCUCCAGCAGCAGCCCGACUCCAAGAUGGAGAAGGCAGACGUGCUGGAAAUGACCGUUUGCUUCCUCCGGCGACUCCAGUCCGUGCGUGGCGGUUACGCCAAAUGCGCCAGGGAGGCGGCCACGUUCCUUUCCGAGGAGCGAGCCGGGAAGAACUUGAGUCAGCUGCGCUCUUCGUGCGAGGAGAAGCUGAGAGAGGACGACUUGUCUGCUCUCGAAAAGGAAGAGAGCUCGGCCAAGGGCGCCCCUUGGAGGCCCUGGUAGAUAUUGAAACAAGUUCAACUCGCCUUUUGUGAAGGCCUAAGUGUUGCUGCGCGUGCAGCUUUUGUAUUGUUGUUCUUUUCGUUGAAAAAAAGUGUUCAAGUGCUAAUUUGUGUAGUAAACUGAACUAUUUUCAUUGGACACACAAUAUAUGACACCGUUGAAUGGUGUAUUUGGUUUUCCCUCUAUGUGGGAGCAUUGGUCAUACAUGUUGAACAUGUGUCUGAUUUACACGUGUGUUUUAGGGUCUGUGCAGAUGACAGCACGCACACACACACACACACGCACACCUUCAUUUAAGGUGUCACAAUGAAU